GACUAUUAAAAGAGGCAUAUGCCGCCCACAUAGCCGUUACGGGGUCCGGAUAAAAAUCCUGCCAAACGAUUGGCCGAAAUCGCUGCAAUUGAUUGGCAGCCCACAAACGCGUUUUAUAAAUUCCGCACCACGAAGCAUGAGCGACGCCAAGAUGAACGCCAAGGACCGCCGGAAGCUCAAGCGUGCGCAGGAGCUCGCGGCCAAGGAGGUGACAGCAGUCGAGGUCAUCGUACCCGAGCCCGUGGCCGCGCCUGCUGCGCCGGCGCCUGAGAAGGCCACGCCGGUUGCUGCCAAGGCCAAGAAGGAAGAGCCGGCGGCGGACAAGGCCAUUGCUGCGCCUUCGGCUGCAAAGGUCAAGAAACCGUCUUCGGCGCCCAAAGAGGAGGAAGAAACGAAGGCCAAGACGGCUAAGGAGCGCAGCCUGGAGAAGCGUGCGGCGACGCGCGAAGCGCCGACCGAGACAACCGACGAGGCCUCGGGUAUGAACGCCAAGGCACGCCGCCUUGCACAGCGUGCGGCCCAACGUGCGCCUGCGACAGCUGACGGCGAGGCGCCUGCCAAGCCCGAGUCGAAGCCGCGUCCGGCUAAGCGAAAGCUGCCCGAGAAGGAAAACCCGAACGAGAAGCGCAUUCACUUGACGCUCUUCCUUGGCCAGCUUCCGUUCUCGGCGACUGAGGACAAGCUUCGCAAGCACUUUCAUGAAGCCGGCGAGCUCAAGGUGCGCAUGGCGACCGACAAGAAGACGGGCAAGUUCAAGGGCACGGCGUUUAUUGAGGUCAAGGACAGCAAGGCGCUCGGCGCGGCGCUCUCGCGCCACCACAGUCUUCUCGACGGCCGCCGCAUCAACGUCGAGCUCACAGCCAACGGCGGCGGCAAAAAGUCGGAGCUUCGCACGUCGCGCAUCAAGGAUCUCCGGGAGAAGCAGAGCGCCAAGCAGAUUGAAAAGGUCCGCGCGCUCCUCCAAAAGAACGUCGACAACCCCGAGUGCAAGCUCACGCAGGACGACGUCGACGAACGCAUGACGGACUUUCUCUCGUGGUUCGACUACGAGACGGCCAAGGUCGCACUGGAAGAGUUCAACCGCUGCGUCAACGAGACCGUCAUCAACCGCCGUGCCUUCUUUAUGGGCAUCCUCAAGCGCUUCCGCACGACGGACGGUGUCGAAGACCGUCCGGCCAAGAAGCCGCGCACCAACGACAGCAAGCCCGCGUACGGCAACAAGCCCGGCUUUGGUGGCAAGCCCGGCUUUGGUGGCAAGCCCGGCUUCAAAAAGCCCGCCUUCGGCGCGUCGAAACCGAGCUUUCGUCGCACUUAAAUAUAUUGAUUCGAUUUCUUAGCAAGGCGAA